AAUGUUAAUUGUGUGUUAGUUUCUUGUGUCCAUUAUAUCCAAAUGACACAGAAACCCUAAUUCUCAUUUUAGGGCAACGGUGUGGAGAAACAGAGUCCAACCCCUAAAAAGUCUCUGGGUUUCGGGCUCCCGGGGUCACUUGCUAUCUCUCUCACCAGGCUUGCAUUUGUUAAUGCGUUAGCCUGAGUGGGGUUUUAGAGUUUAAGCGUUGUUGGUGGGCAUGGAGGAUUUGAAAAUGGCUGAACAAGGGGUUGAGCGCAUGAGUGUCACUGAUGAGAUUGUUGCUGAGAAGGUGAGCGUUACUGGCGCCGAAGCUCCGGAAGCGAAACCCAAAGAGAAGCCAAAGAAGGCUCCUAAAGAGAAGGUUGUGAAAGACAAGAAGCCAGUGGUGCACGGAGGCGCACAAGGAGGAGCCAAGAAGGAGGUGAAGAAGGAAUCGGGACUUGGUCUUGCUUUUAAGAAGGAUGAAAACUUCGGAGAGUGGUAUUCAGAUGUCGUUGUGCGAGGAGAAAUGAUUGAAUACUACGACGUCUCAGGUUGCUACAUCCUUCGUCCAUGGUCUUACUCAAUCUGGGAAUCUAUUAAGGACUUUUUUGACAAGGAAAUUAAGAAAAUGGGCAUCGAGAACACCUACUUCCCUCUUUUUGUUUCAGAGAAGGCCUUGACAAAAGAGAAAGAUCAUGUUGAAGGCUUUGCCCCUGAGGUUGCUUGGGUAACGAGAUCUGGGGAUUCAGAGCUUGAAGAGCCUAUUGCUAUUCGGCCUACGAGUGAAACGGUGAUGUACCCAAUUUUCGCUAAAUGGAUUCGUGGUCAUCGUGAUCUUCCUCUUAGAAUCAACCAGUGGUGUAACGUGGUGCGGUGGGAGUUUAAGCACCCCACCCCUUUUAUCAGGAGUCGUGAAUUUUUAUGGCAAGAAGGUCAUACUGCAUUUGCUACAAAAGAGGAAGCAGAUGUCGAGGUACAUCAAAUUUUGGAGCUCUACCGCAGGGUAUAUGAGGAGCUCCUAGCCGUUCCUGUCAUCAAGGGUGUUAAAAGUGAGGUCGAGAAGUUUGCUGGUGGUCUGUAUACUACUACUGUAGAGGCUUUUAUCCCUUCCACGGGGCGCGGAGUACAAGGUGCAACAUCGCAUUGUUUGGGGCAGAAUUUCUCCAAGAUGUUCGACAUCUUAUUUGAAGACGAGAACAGGGAACGGAAAAAUGUGUGGCAAAAUUCUUGGGGUCUUACCACCAGAACGAUCGGAGUGAUGGUGAUGAUUCAUGGUGACAAUAAAGGGCUGGUUCUUCCUCCAAGAGUAGCACCUAUCCAGGUUGUUGUGAUUCCUGUACCCUUCAAGGGAAUUGACCCCUCCGAAGAAUGUUUGAAAGUUACCCGACAGUUGCAGGAAGCAGGCUUUAGAGUGAAGGAUGACUUGAGAGAUAAUUACUCUCCUGGAUGGAAGUACUCUCAUUGGGAGCUAAAAGGUGUACCCUUGAGAAUUGAAAUUGGUCCCAGGGACAUUGAAAAUAAGCAGGUUCGAGUCGUUCGUCGAGACUUGGAAGAUAAAACUGAGGGGCGAUCUCAGGAUAUUCCCAUGGCCAACCUUGUAGAGAAGAUCGGCGAGAUCUUGGAAACAAUGCAGAAAGCGCUUCUGGAAAAAGCUCGGGAAGAGAGGACUUCGUGCAUUACAGUUGCUGACAACUGGGAUGAUUUCAUAGCAGCUUUGAACAAUAAAAAGAUGGUCCUCGCUCCCUGGUGUGAUGAAGUGGAGGUGGAGGAAAGUGUCAAGGCUCGCACAAAGGGUGAAGCUGGUGCUGCUAAAACCCUAUGCAUGCCAUUCGAGCAGGAUACCCUUCCAAUGGUGUCGAACACACUUCCUGAAGGAACCAAGUGUUUCGUAUCAGGCAAACCUGCGAAGAAAUGGGCUUUGUGGGGUCGCAGUUAUUGAUUUGGUAGUUAUGAGAGUAUCUUCUGCUUUCAGUGUCACCAGGUUUCGGAUGUCGCACGUUAUUGUUUGACAACGUAAUCUAGCCUUGGAAUGCAGUUUUGCAUGGUUGUAUUAUCUAGUAAGUAUAUCAUCUUUGCCAGUUGACUGAUUUUUAAACAUUUUAAUCACUAGUGGUUAACAUUUCUUAAGAACCAUUCAACAGAACAUGAUGAAUUUUAUUAUGUGUAUUGCA